UCUAAUCAGUUAAGAAGUGGGAGUCAUGGCUACAACUGCUCAGUAUCUCCCAAGGAAUAAUACUUUAGCCUCCAGUCCUUUAAUGCAUCCUGACUCGGACAGGAUGCAUCAGGGGACAACGUACAGAGAGGUGCAGAAAAUGAUGCAUCACGAUUAUUUGACAGGACUGGCUGCAAACACUGGACACCCAAUGAGUCUUUCUCAUCACCAGUGGCUACCAACUGCGAGCAAUGAAUGGGCAACCACGACUCAUCUCGGACAACAAGAUCACACUAAACCCAAUGUACAAUCAAGCAGGGAUGAUCUGGGGAGCGGUUUUCAUCACAGAUCUCACCUCGUUCAUCAACAGACUCAAAGCAGCCACCACGGAACAUGGGCACAAAGUACGGCCCAUCACCUGUCUCCCUUGUCGUCCACGUCUAAUAGCCACCAGCCUUUGCUUUACUCUCAGACUGCUUAUACAAAUCUUAGUGGCAUGUUAAGUCCGCAAGCCUCUUCUCUGCACCAUAGCUUGAGAGACCCCUUAAAUGAAGAUACAGGCGGCGGUCAUGACAGCAGGAUUGAAUCCCCCCAGCAGCAUCUAAACCAUCAUCAGGACCACUCAGACGAGGAUGCGCCGAGCUCUGAUGACCUGGAACAGUUUGCUAAACAGUUUAAGCAGCGAAGGAUCAAACUGGGGUUCACCCAAGCAGAUGUUGGCUUGGCACUUGGUACUCUGUAUGGCAACGUCUUUUCCCAGACAACUAUUUGUAGGUUUGAAGCCCUACAACUCAGUUUCAAGAACAUGUGCAAACUGAAACCUCUUUUAAACAAAUGGCUGGAAGAGACCGAUUCAACUACUGGGAGUCCUACCAACUUAGACAAGAUAGCAGCCCAAGGAAGAAAAAGGAAGAAGAGAACAUCAAUCGAAGUUGGAGUCAAGGGGGCUUUAGAAAACCACUUCUUAAAGUGUCCCAAACCAUCAGCCCACGAAAUCACCUCACUUGCAGACAGUCUUCAGCUAGAAAAAGAAGUGGUAAGAGUGUGGUUUUGCAACAGAAGACAAAAGGAAAAAAGGAUGACCCCAGCAGGGGUCCCCCAUCCCCCAAUGGAGGAUGUAUACUCACAACCUGAUACCCCACCUCUUCAUCAUACAUUACAGACUGCAGUGCAAUGACUAAUAUCAAUGCAGCUGUAAAAAUGACACUGGGUUUACAAGAAUCAAAAUAAGAGUAAAAGAAAACAGGAAGGGAUACUGACUGACAGUGACUGAAAAUUGAAUAGACCAUCAAUACCUGCCAGUUUUGGGAAGAACACCUAUUUUCCCUUCACUGCUAUGGUAAGAUACAUGAAAGUAUAAAUAAAAAAAUGCAUAUUUCUUCAAAGUGUAAGGUAAAAAGACCUUGUUUAUUUAUUACCCCAAACUAAAAGCGGUUUAGUUGUUGAACUGAAGGGGCUAUGUUGGUGCAGUUACUCGGGCAUUUGGCCAAGUUUAAAUAUAAUUCAUUAAUUUAAGGAGACAGACUUUCAGCCUGUGGACAAUUCUUAUUUAUUCCACAAAUAAACGCAAAGCCCUGAAUUUGUAAUUUAUGUAUAGGUGUAUGUAUUUUAUGUUUACAUUUUAUGUGUAAAACCCGUGUAAAUGCAUUUUCACUAGAAAAGUAAUGCCCAAAGGUUUUAGCCUGCAUAAAUCACAAAUGGUCUUUAAUAUUGGAUAGUAAUGCAUACGUUUUCGGGGCGAGGAUACUGUUUUGUCACCCCCAAAAUCUAGCAUUUUAUGGGCCUUGAGAAACGACAGUGACAUGUUUCGAAACAAGUAAUAUUUUGAACAUACUGUUUUUGUAAAACCCUAUUGAAUUUAAUAGUACAUAUUUAUGGGAUUUCAAACAAAACCUAUCUCAGGCACAUGCCAAGUUAAAGAUCCAUACUGCAUUCAUUUUAACAGCCCCUAAGUUCUUAACUCUACUGUAAUUUGUUCACCUACACUCGGUAAGUAGAGUAAACUAUCAGGGUGUAAGUGCAGUCGCAAGCAUAAUUCCACUGGCUGUUUGGCUUCUUUUUAAAUAGUAAAAUACUCAGGUUUAAAUAUUACAAUGCCCACAUGUGUAUUGGAUUCCAACAUAUUAUGGAGCUGGUAAUUUGCCAAAUACUUUUAAGAUAAACUGUAAUAAACACUAAUGUGUUUUAAUACCUCUACAGAAAGCUAUAUAUGAGUAAUUUAAUUCAAUGAUCGUAACCGAGCUUAAAAGCUUAUGAAGGGUACUGGUUAAAAACCAACAUUAUUUUAAGAUUUGUUCUUUAAAACGUAAUGGAGGUGGAGUUUUGACCAACUCUGCUAUAUAAUGAACUUGAAUGUUUGGCUUAUAAAAUAACUGGGAACGCUUGGCUACCUGAGCACUGAGUUAUAGGUGAUAAUGUCAGUUUCAGUUAAGUUCCUCAGCUUUCUAUUAAUCUACUGUAAAUAUGUGAAAUAUGUAUACAUGUGCAUUUGGAUUUUCGAAUGUAUGUUUUUUGUUUUGUCUUUUGUUGUUUUUCUCGACACUUUUGUACACUUACUAAUCCCGAGAGGAUAUUUUAAUAUUAUUUCCUUAUGGAUAUUGGCCCUUUAUAUUUAUUUCCUAAAUGUGUUUGAAGCUUUUUGUUUCUUUUAGCCAUUUUAAUAUUUUUGUUGCAAUGGAUUUUAAACGUCAUUCUUGUUUUAGUACAUUUUUGUACCUUUAUUGCAAAUGUAGACUACGAUGUCGCAUUUAUAUUUAUGUUAUAGUAAUAUUUUAUUACUUACAUAAAACAUAAACACAA